AUGGAGCGUACCCUUAGUGCAGCACAACAUGUCCAGAUCCUGUUGAAAGAAAGCAAAGAUGAAAUGAAUUUUAAAAAAGAAAUGACUGAAGUUAUGAAAGAGUCAUCAAGAAAUACAAUCAAUGCAAUUACUCAGAUGACCACAGCCAUUGAAAAUAUUGGUUGUGGAUUGACACAGUCAAUUGAGAUGCGAACUACUCUGUUUUCCCACCACCAGCAGCAGCAAAAUCUACAACAAUGGGCACGUCAACCUGCACAAUUCCAGAACUUCAAUUUUCCACAGCCACUGCCAAAUAAUGUUAAUGCUUAUGUGCCAGAUGAAUCUAGGAAGUAG